GUUAUAAUGGCCGAAAUUUUCCUAUGCGUUGACUCCACUGGUGGCGAAAGUGUGGAAUUCGAAAAGUCGAGUCAUGUGAGAUUCGCAAUUCUGAUUUUCUCUUUACUGCUGAGUACGGCUAUCUAUUGCGAUCAACAAGCUCUAAGUUUCACAAUCAUUUCUAUGCGAGAUGUCGUGGAAUCGCAGACGUCGAAUGCCACGGAAGAUCAUUGGUUAGAGAAUCCAGCUCAGAAGAAUGCCCUGUUUUCUAUCGUUGCAGUGGGGCAACUCAUUGGAACGAUUCCCAUCGUCCCCAUCCUGCAUGCCAUUGGAAUGAGGUAUACAUUCGUCUUCUACGGAGUUGUGGCAACCUGUGGGACAUUGAUGCUUCCCUUAGCAGUGGAAUUCGGAUACGCUUCAGUAAUGGUGACAAGGUUUAUGCAGGUAUGUAUUGUCGGUACAAUAACAUCACAUUGGUCAGCUCUUCUCGAAUCAGGAACCUACAUUGCAAUACUCUCCUGUAGUGCACAGGUCUCUCCAGUGCUAACACUACCGUUGGCGAGUGCGUUUUGUGAAUCAUCGCUUGGUUGGAGUUAUGUUUACUAUUUAUUCGGCAUCACCAGUGUUAUUGUAGUCAUAGCAUUCUUCACACUCUACAGAGAUGAUCCAAAGAAUCAUUGGAUGGUCAACCCUGCGGAACAGUCGGCUGUUUCUCUUGGGAAGGAAGGCCAGUCGAUCAAAGAGCCUGUACCAUACAAAGAUAUUUGCCAAGACCGAUGUAUGCAGGCUGUUCUGCUGACAACAUUUGGUGGGAACACGGCGUUCUUCAUUUUUUUGCAUUACGGACCAACAUUUAUCAACAAGGCCUUGGGCUUGGAUAUAACUGAGACCGGAUUCGCCACAGCAUUACCGUAUGCUUUAUGCCUGAUGCUGAAAUUCGUAGCAGGACCACUAUUUGAUCAUAGUACAUUCAUUUCCGAGAGAAAUCGAGUGGUUAUGUUUGCAUCACUAUCCCAAGGUGUUAUGGCCGUAUGUUUCUUCGUACUUUCACAGUUCGCCACAGCACCUACCCAACCCAUUCACGUGCCUGGAGUUGCUAGACAGCACGUGCACUUCGUAAUGGUGUGCGUCACUAUAGGUGGUUGUGUGAUCAGCUUUAUUCUACCUUUUGUCGUCGCUUUAUUUUGCCCAAACAACUCUAUGCACGAGGUGAGCCGAGUAGGCCUAAUUUUUCUAAUAAAUUACUUUUACUUAUAA